UUAACAGCCCAUUAUAUAUUCCCCAUCAGAGUCUCCAAAUUCAUUAAAAUAAGAGAAGAAGAAAAGCACGAGAACUAAUAGAUUCUACACAAAGUUGUGACUGCAUUCUACCAUCUCCCAUGGCCUUCAGAAACAGAGAAGAAAGUGUUAAAGGCUUAAUGAUGCUUAAGCUUUUCGUUAGAAAGAUACAACGGGGUCUCCUGCAUUCGUCAGCAUCUAAAGCACCAAACCUCGAUACCAUUGAUGAACAGAUAAGUGCUGCAAAAGUGCUUCCAGAAGACGUGAGGCAAGGACAUUUUGCAGCAAUUGCAGUUAAGGGUGGGGAACCAAAGAGGUUCGUUCUGGAGUUGGACUACCUUAGUGAUCCAGCAUUCAUGAAGUUACUGGAGCAAGCUGAAGAAGAAUAUGGAUUCCAACAGCAGGGAGUUCUUUCGAUCCCUUGUCAACCUGAAGAAUUACAGGCGAUUCUAGGCGACAGGAGAAGGAGAAGAAUGAGCACUGAAUGGUAGGGUACAUUUCCAUCAUAAAAUAACCAGUAUGUCAAGCUGUUUUCGAGAAAGAAUAGGUUUUUAUGUUUGUCUGUCAAGGUAGCUUCUGUAAGAGAGCAGUUCGUUCUUGUUUUCAUGGUCCAUUACAAGACUAACCAAAUAUUCUUUGUAAUUUGUUAUUCGAGUAUUCAUUCCGUGUCAAAUGUGAAAAUAAAUAUGUAUCUGUUCAACGAAAGAAUAUGAAUAUCCCUUGAACUA